AUGGCAAUCGAUCCAUAUGCCGGCUGCAACAUCGACAUCCCCUCCAAUCUCUGCACACUCGAAACUUGCUGUCUAGCACAGAGCAGCUUCAACUACAUCCCAAACUAUGGUGGAAACAUAUUCUUCGCAGUCUUCUUCGGCGUGUUCCUGCUACCACAACUCGGACUGGGCAUCUACUACAAGACCUGGGGCUUCAUGGCUGGUAUGCUGUUCGGCCUCGUGCUCGAAGUAGUAGGCUACGCUGCCAGAAUCAUGCUCCAUGAUAACCCGUUCGACUCCAAUGGAUUUCUGAUCUAUCUGAUCUGUCUCACCAUCGCCCCCGUCUUUAUCUCGGCCGCCAUCUAUCUCUGCCUCACCCGCACAAUCGUGCUGUACGGCCAGACGAAUUCCAGACUAGCUCCCAGGACCAUCGCCAUCAUAUUCAUGGCCUCGGACUUUCUCUCGCUCGUCCUCCAGGCUGCCGGUGGCGGUAUUGCAGAUACUGCCAAUACACAUCAGGCCGCUCAGCCAGGCAUCAACACUAUGAUAGCAGGUCUGGUGCUUCAAGCUGUCAGUCUUGCAGCGUUCCUGAUCGUGGUAGCGGACUUUUCCCUACGCUGCCGACGUGGCGUGCUGGAUCAGAACCCAGCGAAGAAGCACGCUCGAAGCCGGAUGCUGUUCAAGGUGUUCAUGGCUAGUCUCCUGCUCGCGACCGUGGUGGUGCUGAUCCGUUCAAUCUUCCGUGUCGCCGAACUCUGGGGCGGCUUCAACGGUGCUCUCUGGAAUGAUGAGACUGAUUUCUUGGUGCUUGAUGGGACUAUGCUUGCGAUUGCCACGAUCUGCUUGACGGCGUUUCACCCAGGUCUUGCAUUCGGCAAUCAGUGGCAAGCUGCCAACUGGACAUUCAAAAGCAAGAAGGCUGAUUUCAGCGAGGAAUACAAGGACGCGCAGCCGCUCGCUUCCUUGUGA